CCUCCUUAAUUAGUAAUUUCUACAUCCCAGUCCCGGCUAACUCUCCAUCCUAUAAGUUCCUUAAUGCAUGCAAUGCCCUGAUCCAAUUGCGUCUUACCUUUUCCUUUUUAAACACAAAGCCCAAUCCUUUUUUUUGUCAGUGUCCGGCAUGGAAGAUCAGAAAGAACCGCCGAUGGUGCACCGAUCUACUUCAUUUAGUAUCAAGAGUCUGCUGCUUCCCUCAAAAUGUGACAAACAGGACUCCGUGCUCCCGGAAAAAAACACGGGUUCUUCCGGGUCUGAUUCGGAAAAAUCACUGGAUCCUGAUAUGGAAUCUGCACCUUUGGACCGGGAGAAACAAAAGGAGGAAGACGAGGGUACCUUGCGGGCGACAGAGCCUAGCAAAAAUGGGAAAUAUGAUAAACCGCCAUUCAGCUACAACGCCUUGAUUAUGAUGGCUAUCAGACAGAGUGCCGAGAAGAGACUGACUCUAAACGGUAUCUAUGAGUUUAUUAUGAAGAACUUUCCAUAUUACCGAGAGCACAAGCAAGGCUGGCAAAACUCUAUCCGACACAACCUGAGCCUCAAUAAGUGUUUUGUGAAAGUGCCAAGGCAUUACGACGACCCGGGCAAAGGGAACUACUGGAUGUUGGACCCUUCGAGCGAUGAUGUAUUUAUUGGUGGAACUACGGGGAAACUUCGGAGACGUUCUGCUACCUCCAGGGGCAAGUUGGCGAUGAAACGUGGAAUGCGCUUCUCGCCUCUUGGUUUGGGAAUAAACGACAGGGCAAACAACCCUCUGUAUUGGCAAAUCUCGCCGUUUUUAUCAUUGCACCAUCCCCAUUACAAUGGAUCAUCAGCAGGAUUUCUGAACCAAGGGCACGCGUAUGGGUCCCUACUCCCCGGGGUGGACCAGCUGAGUAAUGGGGACCUUACGCGCCAUCUAAGUGGAUCUGUCGGUGCUCUGGGCUUGUCAAACAGUUACGGUGUAAGCACGUCUAGUCUAUUAUCCGGACAGAGUGGCUACUUUGUCUCAGGGAGUCAGCAUCAGCCGCCGCAUCUCCAGCAGAGCGCGCAAGGCUACGGUGUACCCACGAGCUCCCCACAAACACUGCUCUCGGACUCACUUCGAACGUCCCUACAGUCUUUUUCACCGGGAGUUUCUAGCGGGUUUCCAGGAAUGUUGUCACAUCAAAAGAGGAUCACUCCAAAUGCUUUCUUAAAUUGAUGACACAACUACAACAUGGGAAGGACAAAUAAAAGCACCAUAAAAAUGGCAAUUAAACAAACAGUGAUCACUAAUUAGGUCAGAAACGACAAUUCCUGAAAGCAAAUAUGGCCAUAUUAGGCUAUGUAUCCUGAAGUGCAACGAUGUAUUCUUUUUGCGUUAAAGGGACAAAAGUCGUUACCUGUGGGGUUUAAACUGUAACUAGACUUGCCAAAUGUAACUAUAUUUCGGGCUAUUUAUAUCUUGUACAAAGAUUGUAAUUCUUUGAAUCGUUUAUUUUUGUUUGGUAGGCUAUUUAUUAAACAGUGUAUUCAUCAGUAUUGAAUAAAAAAACAUACAGCAUUUUUCAUUAUUCAUAUAAUAAUUAAUUUCGAAAUAUGUUUUGGGGGAAAACGCCUUAUAAAGAUCAGGGUUAAUAAGACACGCGGGAUAUAACAAAAGCCUACAAGUUAUGUCUUCUCAGGUUCUCCUAUAGACUCCAAUCUAGGCUACUGCUGUAUCUGUAAUGUAUGCAACACAUUUUAGAGAGAAGUGGAGUUUUGUGUACUCAUAAGUUAAUUAUAGCCUAUUUUGUCCUCUGUUUUGUUGAUCGAGCCAUAAUGAGCACAUGUAGAUUAUAAGAUACAACAGUGCAUGACAGUGCAGGCCUCCUCUUAUAAUAGCAUGCCCGGUGACUGACCCUUUGUUCGCAUUUGUUUCCAUCUUUCAUAUAAAGCGCUUGAAGUUUCAGUUUCUCGUUAAAACCAGUUCCUCUUGUCUUGAACCUUGCCAUGCUUGAUACGGUGUUAUAGGCUACUUAUUCAGGCCUGCAAUACAUCCCUUUUAAUUGUCUGAUCAUUUAGCUUUAUUAGGCUACAUCAAGUUCAAAUUUGGCAAACCGACGUAGCCUAUAAUAUCCACACCAAUAUAGAAUUUCACUUCUAAAUCAGUGGUUCCCAAUGUUUUCUUAGUCACGUCUACCUAUUAUAAUUAAACCCAAAUAACGAUGUAUAAGGCCUACCAGCGUCCUAUAGCUAUUGCCCUGACAAAAUUACAAACAUGUCUGCUGACCCUUUGCUAUUGCCCAUUUUGUGCUACUUUAUUCUGUAAAUUAGGAUUUUACUCAACUGUAAAUUAGCCUACUUUAGGAUUACACCUCACAUUCUGAGAAAACUAGUUUGAUAUAGUCUAGCCUAUGACUAUUCAAAUAAAUUCAACAACAAGAUCAUCAAUGAUAAUCUACUUCCUGAAUCUGGAUUGCGUAGCACUGGGGUAGGCUUACAGUACCACAGUUUGGCAAACGCUGAUCCAAAUAAAUGACAUCCGGAGUUGUUAUUGUAAUAAGCAGUUAAGCUUUCAUUACCCAAUAGGCCUAUUUACUAGCAAAAUAGUAGCCUAUUAAUACUGGAGAAGAAUGCGCUGAUUAACACAACAAAUAACAAUUAGGCUACAUUUGACACAUUUUGGCCUAACAUUUGACAGAUGUAUUUCCUUUAUUGGGAAUACUAUAGUUUUAUUUAUUUAACAACGUUAUAUUUUCGAUGUUGACGAUUUUUUUUUUGUAAAUGUUAUUUCAAAGUUUUGCACUUUUUGUUGUUAGAAUAGGCCUAUCUAAUGUGAGUAUUAUCUGUUUUUGUUGCUGUAUGAAAAAAAUGAACUUGAUUAAAGUGUAAGACAUUA